CCGGCCCAGCUUUGCGGGCCGCGCUCCCAGGUCCCGGCCCCGCGCCAUGGAGCGGCGCUGGCCCCUGGGGCUCGGGCUGCUGCUGCUGCUGGUGCUGCUGCUGUCCCCGGGGGUGCGCGCCGAGGAAGUCACUCUCAUGGACACCAGCACUUCACAGGGCGAGCUGGGCUGGCUGCUGGAUCCCCCAGAGAAUGGGUGGAGUGAAGGGCAGCAAAUCCUGAAUGGGACGCCCCUCUACAUGUACCAGGAUUGCCCGGGGCAAGAAAGUGGGGACACUGACCACUGGCUUCGCUCCAACUGGAUCUACCGUGGAGAGGAGGCCUCCCGUGUGCUUGUGGAGCUGCAGUUCACCGUACGAGACUGCAAGAGCUUUCCUGGGGAUGCCGGGCCGCUAGGCUGCAAGGAGACCUUCAACCUGCUCUUCAUGGAGAGUGACCAGGAUGUGGGCAUCCAGCUCCGUCGGCCCCUAUUCCAGAAGGUCACCACUGUGGCCGCUGACCAGAGUUUCACCAUCCAGGACCUGGCAUUGGGCGCCAUGAAGCUCAAUGUAGAGCGUUGUACUUUGGGCCGCCUGAACCGCCGCGGCCUCUACCUCGCCUUCCACAACCCUGGAGCUUGCGUGGCCUUGGUGUCUGUGCGGGUGUUCUACCAGCGCUGCCCAGAGACUGUGCAUGGCUUGGCCCAGUUCCCCUACACACUCCCUGGGCCCAGCGGGCUGGUAGAAGUGGCAGGGACCUGCGUGCCUCAUGCCCAGGUCGUCCCUGGCCCCUCGGGGCCUCCUCGCAUGCACUGCAGCCCCGAGGGUGAAUGGCUGGUCCCCGUGGGCCGCUGCUACUGUGAGCCUGGCUUCGAGGAAGGUGGCGGUGAUGAUGGCAAGGGUUGUCGUGCCUGCCCCAGUGGCUUCUACCGGGCUGCUGAUAUGGACAUGUCCCAUUGUCUCGAGUGUCCCCAGCACAGCACAGCAGAGUCUGAGGGGGCCACUAUGUGUCCCUGUGAGAGUGGCCACUACCGAGCUCCUGGGGAGGGCCCACAAGCAGCAUGCACACGCCCUCCCUCUGUGCCCCAAAACCUGAGUUUCUCUUUCUCCGGGACUCAGCUUUCCCUGCGUUGGGAACCCCCCGCAGAUACAGGGGGCCGCCAGGACGUGCAGUACCGUGUGAGCUGCUUUCAGUGUCGGGCUGCCGUGCGGGAUGGUGGACCUUGCCAACCCUGUGGGGCAAGCGUGCACUUCUCCCCGGGUGCCAGCUGGUUCAUGGUGCCUGCCAUGCGGGUGGAUGGCCUUGAACCCUACGGCAACUACACCUUUGAGGUGGAGGCCCGUAAUGGAGUGUCAGAGCUGGGGCCUGAUUCACACGCCAGUGCCUCACUCAGCAUCAGCAUGGGGCACGCAGAGCCUCUGUCUGUCCUGUCCCUGCGAUUGGUGAAGAAGGAACCACGGCAGCUGGAGCUGACCUGGGCAGGGGCCUGGCCUCGCAGCCCCGGGGGCAACCUGAGCUAUGAGCUGCAUGUACUGAAUCAGGAUGAAGAACGAUACCAGAUGGUUCUAGAACCCAGGGUUUUGCUGACUGAACUGCAGCCAGACACCACCUAUGUUGUCAGGGUCCGAAUGCUGACACCUCUGGGCCCUGGACCUUUUUCUCCUGACCAUGAGUUUCGCACCAGCCCACCAGUUCCCAGGGGGCUGACUGGAGGAGAGAUCGUGGCCAUUAUCUUUGGGGUGCUGCUCGGUGUGGCUCUGUUGCUCGGGAUCCUCGUCUUCCGCUCAAGAAAAGCUCAGCACCAGAGGCAUCCAAGGCAGCGAGAUCGUACCACUGAUGCAGAACAGGACAAGCUGUGGCUGAAGCCUUAUGUGGACCUACAGGCUUAUGAGGACCCUGCCCAGGGAGCCCUGGAUUUUACCCAGGAGCUUGACCCCGGCUGCCUGAUUGUGGACAAUGUUAUAGGAGAAGGGGAAUUUGGGGAGGUCUACCGAGGUACCCUGAGAACUUCCAGCCAGGACUGCAAGACUGUGGCCAUCAAGACCUUGAAGGACACAUCUCCUGACGGUCACUGGUGGAACUUCCUUCGGGAGGCCACCAUUAUGGGCCAGUUCAGCCACCCACAUAUCCUGCAUCUGGAAGGCGUGAUCACGAAAAGAAAACCCAUCAUGAUCAUCACGGAGUUCAUGGAGAAUGGAGCUCUCGAUGCCUUCCUGAGGGAGCGGGAGGACCAGUUGGUACCUGCACAGUUGGUGGCCAUGUUGCAGGGCAUAGCAUCUGGCAUGAACUACCUCAGUGAACACAGUUACGUCCAUCGGGACCUGGCAGCCAGAAACAUCUUAGUGAGCCAGAACCUAUGUUGUAAGGUGUCUGACUUUGGCCUGACCCGUCUUCUGGACAGCUUUGACGGCACAUAUGAAACCCAGGGAGGGAAAAUCCCCAUUCGAUGGACGGCCCCAGAAGCUAUUGCUCACCGGAUCUUCACCACCGCCAGCGACGUGUGGAGCUUUGGGAUCGUGAUGUGGGAAGUGCUGAGCUUUGGGGACAAGCCCUACGGGGAGAUGAGCAAUCAGGAGGUCAUGAAAAGCAUCGAGGAUGGUUACAGAUUGCCCCCACCAGUGGACUGCCCUGCCCCCCUCUAUGAACUCAUGAAGAACUGCUGGGCCUAUGACCCCGCUCGCCGGCCCCACUUCCAUCAGCUGAAGGCACACCUGGAGCAAUUGCUGGCCAACCCCCACCCUCUACGGACCAUUGCCAACUUUGACCCCAGGGUGACCCUUCGCCUACCCAGCCUGAGUGGCUCCGAUGGCAUUCCCUACCGAAGCGUCCCCGAGUGGCUGGAGUCCAUUCGUAUGAAACGCUACAUACUGCACUUCCGCUCAGCUGGGCUGGACACCAUGGAGUGUGUGCUGGAACUGACGGCUGAGGACCUGAUCCAGAUGGGUAUCAUGAUGCCUGGACACCAGAAACGCAUCCUAUGCAGUAUUCAGGGGUUCAAGGACUGAGCCCUGCCUUCUACGACCCUCUCAGGGAACAUGGGGGAUAGGGAGGUGCAGCCCUUCCCACAACCAACACUUGGUGCUGCUCCGGCCCCCUUUGCCUCUGGAGCCAGGGAGCCUGAAUUUUAUAAAGGGACAUGGGGUAAGGACUAUGGGUGGGUUU